GUCAACUAACCAACUAAAGAUAAUCACUGCUGACUAACAUUUGGGUGAUAACAUGAUUUUCCCUGGCAGGGAUCACGCUCUCAUUUUUAACUAUUUUGACAUGUUCUGAGUGCCAGGCCUGGUGAGAGGUGUCAGGGACAGGGCUGCCAAUGUUAGCAAAGCACCUACUAGGUGUCAGCCCCAUGCUGGGCUCUCUGCAAAUCAUUCCCAUCAGCAAGACUCCCAAGUGAUGGAAAAGCCUGGCCCGUAUACAGACGGUCCCCAUGCCCUUCUCCAGGGCAGGGGCCAGACACUAGGAGCCCUGCUGUUGCCACCACCCUGACCAGGGUCCUGUCCAGCUCCUCCUCCAACCUUGGGGAAGUCCCUGAACCUCUUUGAGCUUCAGUGUCCUCAUCUUUACAUGGGGAUUAUCCUGGUCCCUCUGAUAGACGUGCUGUGGGGACUAAGCCCAUGAGGAACAGUGGGGGCUCACUGUUAGAUACAGCUGUGGCCCCACCACCUGCCGGCCAUCUGAGACUCCAAGCCACAGGACCAGGAGGCUGGGAGGGACCACAGAGCCUAUGCCCCUAUUAUACUGAUGGAGAGACUGAGGCCAGGGGAGCUAAAGCACCUGUGCAAUGUCACCCAGCCAAGGCGGGCUUAGGACCUGAGUUUGGUGGUUCUCAGGCCUGGCCAGUGUCUGCACACCUGCGGGUGAGGGGGAAGCUGGCCUGGAAGGAACAUAGGGAAGGGGAGGGGAGGUCCCCUGAGCCCCCUAGGACCGAGCAAGUGUCCUCUUUGCCUGAGUCAGAACGUGGCCUCGUCUCAAACAGCCCUGAGUCUGAGUGUAUCUGUUGUAUGACCUUGAACACAUCCCUCUCCCCGCUCCCCCUCCUCCAUCUUCUCAUCUGUAAAACGGGACCAGCCAGGUGGUCCUGAGAAGUCAAAGGAAGAGCUUAGCGAGAAGCUGCUGCAGUCACUGUCGCCACGAUCCUUCCCGUGCUCUGCUCUCCCCCUUCCUCCUGCCCCUCCUCCUCGGCCCCAGCCCCUCCUGGGUCAAACUUUAGCCUGAUGGAAUCCAGGCUGUGUGCCAGGAUACGUGGACCCUGGGCUGGCAGGUGGGCGAGUCCAGGCUGCUGGAGUGGGAGGAGCUGAGCGGGGCGGCGGGAGACCCCGCCCCCCUGUCUUGUCUGGGAGCCCUGCUCUCCGCCUCCCGCCUGGAGGAGUGGGCACCAAGGCUAUGGCCCCAGAGAAGCUGCCUCCCGGGCAGGCCCAGGCUUCUGGGCCUCCACCACUGACCCUCUGUUUGUUCUGUCUUCAGCUCGUCAUGACCAAACAGCUGCAGGCUCGAAGGCUGGAUGGGAUCGACCACAACCCAUGGGUGGAGUUUGUCAAACUGGCCAGUGAGGCUGAUGUCGUGAACUUGGGCCAAGGCUUCCCAGACUUCCCACCCCCAGACUUCGCCGUGGAAGCCUUUCAGCACGCCGUCAGUGGGGACUUCAUGCUCAACCAGUACACGAAGGCAUUUGGUUAUCCACCCCUGACGAAGAUCCUGGCCAGUUUCUUCGGGAAGUUGCUGGGACAGGACAUAGACCCACUCAAGAACGUGCUGGUGACUGUGGGUGCCUAUGGGGCCCUGUUCACAGCCUUCCAGGCCCUGGUGGACGAAGGAGACGAGGUCAUCAUCAUCGAGCCCUUUUUUGACUGUUAUGAGCCCAUGACAUUGAUGGCAGGGGGUCGCCCUGUGUUUGUGUCCCUGAAGCCGAGCCCCAACCAGGAUGGGGAACUGGAUUCCAGCAGCAGCUGGCAGCUGGACCCCACGGAGCUGGCCAGCAAGUUCACGUCUCGCACUAAAGCCCUUAUCCUCAACACACCCAACAACCCCCUGGGAAAGGUGUUCUCCAGGGCAGAACUGGAGCUGGUGGCCAGCCUGUGCCAGCAGCAUGACGUGGUGUGUAUCACCGACGAGGUCUACCAGUGGCUGGUCUACGACGGGUGCCAGCACGUCAGCAUCGCCACCCUCCCUGGCAUGUGGGAACGCACCCUGACCAUUGGCAGCGCUGGCAAGACCUUUAGCGCCACAGGCUGGAAGGUGGGCUGGGUCCUAGGCCCGGACAGUCUCCUGAAGCACCUGCGCACCAUGCACCAGAACUCCAUCUUCCACUGUCCCACACAGGCCCAGGCUGCAGUAGCCCAGAGCUUUGAGCGGGAGCAACUGCACUUCGGCCAACCCAGCAGCUACUUUGUGCAGCUCCCACAGGCCAUACAGCGCUGCCGUGACCACAUGAUACAGAGCCUGAAGUCUGUAGGCCUGAGGCCCGUGAUCCCCCAGGGCAGCUACUUCCUCAUCACAGACAUCUCGGAAUUCAAGAGCAAGAUGCCCAACUUGCCCGGAGCUGCAGAUGAGCCCUACGACAGACGCUUUGUCAAGUGGAUGAUCAAGAACAAGGGCUUGAUGGCCAUCCCGGUCUCCAUCUUCUGCAGCGUGCCACAUCAGAAGCUCUUUGACCACUAUAUCCGCUUCUGUUUCAUGAAGGUAAAGGACAGGCCUGGGGGAGGGAAGACCUCCUCAAGCCUCCCCAUGCCUCCUGCGGGUGUGGGGAGAGGGGUAGGACCAAUCUGUGUUGGUGCAGGAUGAAUCCACGCUCCAGGCCAUGGACAAGAAGCUACAGAAGUGGAAGGAUGAGCUUAGGCCCUGACAUCACCCCCUGGGCCCUGCACUGCCUGCUCCCUGACACUCUGCAGGGCUCUGUCUUUGUCCAGGUUUCAGCCAUUCCCAGGUUGGGGGUAGAUGGUACUGGAGGAUCUCUUCUCUGUAACACAGAAUAACCUCAGGGAAGAGCCCCCCUUUUGGUCUUGGGAUAGUCAGGAGCACUUCCCCAUGGUGCAUAGCUGUGUUCCUGUUGCAGAGGUGAAGGAGGCCUGACCAGGGCCUCUCCCUGGUCCUCCCUGUGCUGGGCUAUAUGGUCUUGGGUCCCCUCUGGCCUCCCCAGACUCAGCUGGGACUCAGAGGGCAGAGUUCAAUAGUGUACUGACCUUGGGUCUCAGCACUGGCCCCAGCCUUGCACUGGCCCCAGCCUUGCGUUGUCCCCAGCCAGGCCUCAGGCAUCCCUCCCUUUCCUUAUCUAAGCUUGAUUUUGGAAAGUUGCCCUUAGGCUUGACUGUUCAAGCCAGUACUUUUGCCCAUAAUAAAGUUUUAAGUUAUUCAAACUGUUAUUGGCUGCUUCUCUCUGCUUCACACCCUGGUGCUGAUUGCAGAUGGGGGCUUAGUCAGAAUGGAAGGCAGCUCCCACCUCCCUGAACCUCAGAUCCUAGACUCUCUUUGUACAAAUGUGUUUUGAGGCCCAAAGAAGGGCAGGGACUUGGACCUUGUCUGAGGCCACCCAGUUA